UGUAAAUUUAAUUAAGUGGCAUUGAAUGGGUCCUAAAGUGACACAUUUGCACGUUCAAAUUAAGAAAUAUGCGCACAUUCCUACAAAGUGUAGCUGUCUCUUCAUUUGCACGUCUUCAUUCUUCUCUUGUUCUUUGAUGUCAGUGUUGAUCUUUGCCUCCAGGUGAGUCCUAGUAAUUGAGCAUAAGAAGAAGAAAGGGAAUUCUAUGAAACUAUUGCCACGUACUCUUCUUGCAGCUUUUCAUGAACGUAUUACUGCUCUUCAGGUUUCAGGUUGAACGUACUCAAUCUGUGCACUACUUCAACCUAUUAUUGGAAGUCUUAUGGAUGCUUCCGCCAGCAGUCCACAUCUGCGGAAAUCUGGAAGCUGGGCGGUUGUUUCUGAUUUUGGUGCAUUUGAACCUGGUAGUGGUUUUGAAGAAGAAGCCCUUUUGCAUGGUCUAGAGGCCAAUGAGAUGAAGGGUGUGAGCAUACCAUCGAGCACUACGGCCCCAUCUCCUGUUUUGCUAUGGAGACUUAAGGUGUUUCUUUUUCUCAUCUGGGGUGUUAGUUGUUGCAAGAUCAGCUGGGAUUCAGUCAUGAGAAUGAGCCUAAAUCUCCGUGAUCUGUUCCUGUAUGAGGCUUUUCUUUAUUACAAUCCCUUGCUACUUGUGACCUUAGUGGUUUGGUUUUGGGGCAUGAACCUAUGGGUUUUUUCACAGGCUAAUGUUGACUUUGCUAGAAUUUUUGAUGUCGAUCGAAAUCAUCUCACUCACAGAGAGAUUUGGAAGUGUGCUACCUGGAUGACCGUCAUCGUGCCAACUAGCAUGACUGCCUAUCUCUAUCUCUACUCACACGGAGAAGUUUCGUUUGCUGCAUCUCAACCAGUGAUCCUAUAUGCUGCUUUCGCCAUGGCUCUGAUAUUUCCCUUUGAUAUUUUCUAUUUAUCAUCUCGCUACUUCUUGUUAAGAACACUUUGGAGGAUUGUUUUCCCCCUUCAGGCAAUAGCUUUUCCUGACUUCUUCCUGGCUGAUAUAUUAACUUCUAUGUCAAAGGUAUUUUCAGAUUUGGAGCGUUCAGUUUGUAGAAUGGUUCAUCGUCAGAAUUGUGGAUAUAUCACUCUCUUUCCAAAUAUACAACAACAACAAUAUACCCAGUAUAUUCCCACCAAGUGGAGUCGGUGGAGGGUUGCUACUAUUGCAUGGUUUGAAGCUGACUCUGUUUGUGGCAGUCACUCUGUUGCUAUUCCUAUAGUUCUUGUAUUGCCUUAUCUUUUUCGUCUGUUUCAAUGUCUUCGGCAAUACAAGGAUAUUAGAGAUAGGACUACCUUGUUCAAUGCUUUAAAAUACUCAACAGCAGUACCAGUGAUAUUUCUGUCAGCCCUUAAGUAUCAUGUAGUCCCUGACAACUGGGUUAACCUUUAUAGGCCUUUGUGGCUUCUCUCGGCUGUUGUGAACUGUCUCUAUUCAUUUUACUGGGAUCUGACCAGAGAUUGGGACUUAAGUUGUUUCACUCGGAUUUUCAAGUUUACCAGGCCACACAUUUUAUCACAUUUGUUGUAUGAACGCAAAUGGGUGUACUUUUGGGUGAUCGGAAGCAACCUAAUAUUGCGAUGCACAUGGACAUACAAGCUGUCCGCCCAUCUCAGACAUAAUUACCUCACAGUGUUCGCGAUAACGGCUCUAGAGAUCUUCCGUCGUUUCCAGUGGGCUUUCUUCCGUGUCGAAAAUGCGUGGAAUAAUAUAAGCACCAAAUCGAAUAGUCAAGUAUUCUCCAUGGCUGAUGUCCCCAAAGAAGAAGAAUUGCUCAACUCCAAUGGUCACAAUGUAUAGCUUGCUGCCUAACACUACAUUCUCAUAUCCAUUUUUCCCAAAUUUGCAAAUAAGAUCUAUUUCUUGUCAAUAGCGUAGGAUGCCGUAUAGUGGCAGAUUCAAAAUUUUCAUGAAAGAAGUUCAAAAAAUAAAAAUGUAAUUUGAACUCCCAGCCUCAAGGAUAAUUUUGAACACCCUCGAUCACUAAAUGAACUUCUGAUCUAUGUUCAUGAGGUUCAA